CUAGCGAACGAAGGGCACGAUCGUUUCAUCGUCUGUGGCGAGCUCUCGUAUGUUAUAGUGGCGUGAUUUUGUAUUUAUUUCUGAAUGCAUUAUGGCACUGCUCGUGACGGGGAGGUGUAGCAGAAAGGUUGCUACUGCUCUGUUACAUAGGAUGUACUGCAACGGUACUACUAAUACGUUAAAUGAAGUCGUUAUAGCGUCUUUUGCUAGGACGCCAAUCGGUUCAUUCAGAAGUGCCUUUGUCUCGGUGCCGGCGACGAGGCUUGGUUCCGUAGCAAUCAAAGGGGCGAUCGAGAGAGCAGGAAUCAAGAGUGAAGAUGUUCAGGAAGUCUUCAUGGGCAAUGUGAUCUCAGCUGGCGCCGGACAGGCACCGGCAAGGCAAGCAGCUUUGGGAGCAGGUCUCUCUCAGUCCACGCCAUGCACCACAGUUAACAAAGUCUGUGCAUCCGGUAUGAAGGCAAUAAUGCUGGCAGCCCAGAGCCUCAUGUGUGGAUCCCAGGAGAUAAUGGUUGCUGGUGGCAUGGAGAGCAUGUCUAAUGUUCCUUACUACUUGCACAGAGGGGAAACACCGUAUGGAGGGGUGCACCUUCAGGAUGGCAUAGUGUUUGAUGGCCUGACGGACGCAUACGACAAGAUUCACAUGGGAGCAUGUGCUGAGCAAACUGCGAAAAAGUAUGAGGUGGCGCGGCAAGAUCAAGACAACUUCGCCAUUGAUAGCUACAAGAGGAGCGCAGAGGCUGCAAAGGAAGGAAUCUUUGCCAAGGAAAUAGUGCCAGUGACAAUCCAGGGCAAGCGGGGCAAGCCAGAUGUUGUUGUAGCCGAAGACGAAGAGUACAAGCGAGCCAAUUUUGAAAAGUUCGGCACUGUGCCAACGGUCUUCCUCAAGGAUGGUGGCACCAUCACUGCCGCGAAUGCAAGCACGCUGAAUGAUGGAGCUGCCGCCUGCGUCUUGAUGACUCGUCAGGCAGCUGACCGGCUUGGAGUGAAGCCCAUUGCACGAAUUGUUGGAUUCGGUGACGCAGCUGUGGAGCCAGUGCACUUUUCCAUUGCACCUGCGUAUGCCAUGCCAAAGGUUCUGAAGGCAGCUGGCGUGAAAAUCGAAGAUGUCUCCAUGUUUGAAAUCAAUGAAGCAUUCAGUUCAGUCGUGCUGUGCAACAUGAAGCACCUCAAGUUGGACCAUUCCAAGGUGAACAUUCAUGGUGGAGCAGUGAGCCUGGGACACCCAAUUGGGAUGUCUGGUGCUCGGAUAACUGGCCGCAUGGCAAUGCAUCUGCAGCCUGGACAGUAUGGUCUGGCUGGCAUCUGCAACGGUGGCGGUGGUGCUUCUGCGAUUCUCAUUCAGAAGCUGUAAGUCUGCCUCUGCGUGAGGGCAGAUGUAUCCACUGUAAUUCGAAGAGAACCUAUGUGCCAUUGUGGGACCUCCUGCCGGCAGAGAUCUGGACCAUACCUUUUUAUAACGACGAUGUUUAGUAUAUGUAUCAUUGUAAUUGUGUUCUGUACAACUAAAGCUUCGGAAUUAUAGGCACGCUAAUAUAUUGUUGUUCUGUAAAGAUUUUAUUGGAAGAAAUAAAUGCAUAGCACUUUCUUUGCA